AUGGCCGACCUUAAACAAGCCAUCCGAUCUCUGCAGCAGAUCGACUUGGAUGCCCCUCAUGAGUUUGCAUUGCCCAAGAAGCAGAUCAACGACGGCGAAGACGUCGGCUUCUUUCUCACCUCCACGGGCUACGCCGACAUCAUGACGUGGCUGCUGCAGCUGAAUGCCGCCAUGUUUCCCAAGAAAACCGCUUCUUCGUACGAAGCCUGGCCGCUCAACAGUGAGGCUGUCAAGUUCUCGGGCCCGGUGCUGAGACUGAAGGCUUUGAUGGAGAAACUCGAAGCUAUCAUGGAUGAGGCGCCUCCGGACCCCGGUCCACGGAGAUUUGGCAACAUCAGUUUCAGGAAAUGGUUUGAGAUUGUUGAAUCUCGUUUGCCCAAAUUGCUGGACGACGCCAUUUCCUCAGACGUCCUGACCAAGAAAGGCAACGCAACUUCUGCAAAGGACGAGCUUCAGGCCUACCUCGUUGGAAGCUUUGGCAGUGCUCAAAGACUGGACUAUGGAACGGGCCACGAGCUGAGCUUCUUGGCCUUUCUGGGUGGUAUUUGGAAGCUAGGCGGCUUCGCAAAGAGCGAUCCUGGUGUUGAAGAGCGAGGAAUCGUUCUCGGUGUCAUCGAGCCAUACUUGCAUCUCAUUCGCCGACUCAUCUUGACGUACACGCUCGAGCCAGCUGGAUCGCACGGAGUCUGGGGCCUGGACGACCACUCGUUCGUCCCGUAUAUUUUUGGCUCCGCCCAGCUAUCGCCUCCUAUCCAGUCGGCAGCAGACAUCCCUGGGGAGGGCUCAUUGCUUGACGCCCCCAACCCAGGCGAUGUGGCAAAGAAGAACGCAGUCGAACGAGAGCGUUCGGUUAACAUGUAUUUCAGCGCGAUUGGCUUCAUCUAUGACGUGAAGAAGGGGCCUUUCUGGGAGCACAGCCCCAUUUUGUUCGACAUUUCUGGAGUACGAGCCGGCUGGGCGAAGAUCAACAAGGGAAUGCUGAAGAUGUACAACGCCGAGGUUCUUUCCAAAUUCCCCGUGGUACAGCACUUCCCCUUCGGUUCACUGUUUCGCUGGGAGAAAGACCCGACGGCAGCAGAGCCUCCAAAGUCUAUUCAUACAACAAGCCAGCCCGGGAGGACGCCCGUGGGCGGCGCGUCCGACGGCCCUCAGCGCUUCCCACAGCAGACAGGUACUGCUGCUCCAUGGGCAUCUAACCCGGCGACCGGCUUGCCUAUGACGGCUGCUCCGUGGGCUGCGAGGCCGUCAGGGGGGGCGGGCCGGCCAGCCCCGCCAGGGAUGACGCAAAUGGGGGCGAUGCCGGGAGGCGCGCCGGUUACAGCAGCACCGUGGAAGCAGACCGCACCACCGCAACCCGGCGAUCGAGGACAAAUGCCGCAGACGCAAGCACCAUGGGCGCGGAAAGAUCCUUCAUGA